CAGCAGCAACAUCAGCAACAGCUACAUUGACAACAACCUCCUCAGGCAGUUUGCAACAUGGUGGGGCACACAACGCGCUUCCGCAUUCGCAUACGCACCACCCACACCACUAUCCUAGCAUUCACGUUCAGUUGGGUGCCGGCGGCGUUCACGUUGAUGAUUUGAGUAGCUCCUCCACCAACUCCUACGCAGCGCAACAUGCGCUCUACAGCACGCAUCACCAGCCCCAACUAAGGCGCGACGAUAACCUCGCCAAAUCUAGCUGAAAGUCAUGUCGGGAGCAGCAGGCCCAGCAAACCAUGAAGAAGAAGCCAAUCCCGGCCAGACGUACCCGCCAGCCCGGCAAUACCAGCCACACCAAAAUGCCAUCCAGCACCAACAAGCCCCAGUCCCACACAUACAAGAAGCUAAAACAAACGGCUGUUAACUUUCAGCAGCUGCGCGACAACCAAGAAGACGAUCUCAGCAGCAGCACCAGCAGCUCCUCUACCUUUUCGUCGUCCUCGCAGCAGCAGUCGUCGGUCGACUACGAGGCGGAGGACGAGAACGAGGAUAGGCAGCGCCAGAGGCGUCACAAAGAUGAGAACGACAGCCUCAUACAUGUGCAGAACUUUCUAAAAUGCUUUGGUGCCAAUGCCUAUGCAGGUGCCACAGUGCGAGGCACAGCCUCAACAGCGUCAAUGAACACUGUGAACACGCCAAAGGCGGCCACAACCUCAAAUACAGAGCUGCGCAAUUGGCGUCGCACGUAUCGCACAACAACAACAACAACAACAACAGCUGCAGCUAACACAACAGCAACAAUAUCCUCCUUGCAACAAGCAACAGCAGCAACAGCAACAGCACAAACUCAGUUCACCAACUGCAAGCCGCAAAAAUUUCAAAUAAAUACAAAAUUUUUACGCAAGCCGCGUAACAAAUUGAUGAAAAUGUUGCCGACAACAACAGCAACAACAACAACAGCAACAACAACAACGACACAGCAGCAACAAGUAGAACAAGAGCAAACGCAGCUAUUUAUUGAUGAUUCCAACGCCAAAUUCAAAGACUUUUCAAUUGACUCGCUUUUGAAUAAGUAAAACGUAACACAAUUAACAAUUAGCCCUAUUAUUUAUAGCCUAAUUCUUCACACAGCCACCCGCAAACCGCGUUCCUACAAAACCCCCCAAACUAUUAUGUAUAUUUUAAUUUGUUUAGCCAAUCGUACAGGAUGUGACACAUUAACAUACAAAUAGAAUAUACAUAUAUAUAUAUAUAUAUAAAUGUAUUAUUAAGUUGUUUAUUUAUUACAUAUAUUUGUACAACUAAUGGCGCAACUCAUAAGUAGCAUUAGCAGGCGUAAGCAUACAUAUGUACAUAUACGAUUACUUAAUUACAAGUUAAUAAACCAUAACAAUGAUAGAAUUUAA